AUGCAGGCGCAUUAUUACCGUUCUCCGACUAGCCAGAGCCGCUCAGGUGUCCCAUAUGAAUUACCUCCUGUGCAGUCGGUUACUUCUCCCUCAGGGCCCUUCCCCCCCCAAGGGCCUUCCGCGGCGUUGGUUUCCGCUCCGCCGAGCAGACCCAGCAGCGGAUUGAGGAUGGCCCAUCUGUUACAACCGCUGGCGCAACCACCACCUCCUCUUUCCGCUACCACCAACAUCACCACUUCGACCUACUCUCGCUCUUACGAGUCGAGCGGUUCACCUGUUGAAGUGCCCCCGAUUCGUUCAGAUGUGUCUUCGCUCAAUGGGUCUGUCUCGGGGAACCCCUCUCUCCCCCCACCUACGCCUGGUGCUGCGCAACAUCAGCAGCUACCGUCACAGCAACACCACCCCCACCACCAUCACCACCAUCAUCAUCAUCAUUCACCGCAGCCUCUUCAACAGAAGAGGGCGUAUCGGCAACGGAGGAAGGAUCCGAGCUGUGAUGCCUGUCGCGAGCGCAAAGUCAAGUGCGAUGCGUCGGAAUCCUCCAGCUGCACGGAGUGCACCAACCGUAAAGUGCGGUGCCAGUUCACCAAGGAAACAAACAGACGCAUGUCCUCUAUCAAACAAGUGCAGGACCUGGAAAAACAGCUCUCGUCCACGAAGCAGCAGCUCCAGCAGCUACGAGCAGGGAUGCUGAGGUCAGAUAAUUUGAUGGAUCUGGAGAUCGAUGGCAGUGGACUGCCGCAAUUAAAGCUGCCAGACACCGGGUUUCGCCCCUCUCGAAGACCGAAAGCGCCAGUGUUGCAGGAUCUCAGCGAGGCCCGGGCCAAUCUACGAAACUACGGACGAGGGCUCCUCAAGGUUCCCCGGCCGUAUCGCCAGCAGGGUCCCACGUCGCUUCUGACGGCCGAUCCACCCCGACUCCCGCCGAAAGACGUCGCGAAUCACCUCCUGGCACAGUACUACUCGUGCAUCCACUGUGUCCUGCCGAUCAUCCAUUGGCCCAGCUUCAUGGCCGAGUACGAAAACGUCUAUCGGAAUGGUUCUCUUCUAGGUGUUCCUCGGGAAUGGGCCGCGGUGCUCUUCGGCGUGUUUGCGUGCGGUUCUCUGCACACGCUGGAUAGGAACCGGGAAGAGGAGGGCAAAGAGUUCGUCAAGAUUUCUUGCGGCGUCAUCGAUGUUUGGCAGGACAAUUUUACGCUGGACCAGGCUCGCGCUGCGCUCCUGGUCAGUAUCCUCCUCUACGAAGUCAACUCCAAGUCAGCAAGUUGGGUGUGGAUCGGGUCUGCCGUGCGGGUCGCGCAGGAAAUGGGCCUACACCUCGAGUCUGGGCCAUCGUCGGCCGUUGAAGGGGAAAUGAGACGCCGUGUGUGGUGGGGGAUGUACGCCUGGGAUAGGCUCCUUGCGCUUGAAAUGGGGAAGCCAGUUUUGAUUAACGACCAGGACUGCGAUGUUGACCUCCCGUGCCCCCUGGAUGAACAGUACAUGUCGGAAGGAGCCUGCGUGCCUGAAGGCCAACAGACGACCCCCCUUUUGGCCACGAUCCACGUUGUUCGCUCCAUCGGUCAGUUGACUCGAACAUUACGAAACUACACUAUCUCUCCGGGAACCCUGGAGACCUUUGAACGGCACUUCAGUGCUUGCCUCGCGACGUUUCCCACACAAUAUCACCUAAAAUCCGACUCACCCCUCGACCCUCGAUCAUUCGCCCCGAUCGGCUAUCUCCAGAAUGCGCGACUUAUCCUCCACCGCCAUAACAUCUCCCCGUUCUGCUCCCCCGAAGUCCGAUUGUCGGCCCUGAACUACUGCAUAUCGAUCGCACAAGAUACGGCGCACUUUCUGUCGCGGUGCAUGCGCCGUCCCUCCGGCACAGGCAACGAGGACUGGCGACCGUUGUUCGCAUCGUCAGCGGGGACCAUGCUGUGCACACAUAUCUGGCGCUGUGUGCUAUUGCUUCUCUUCCGACAGGAAUUUGCCGCCGCGUUGAUCUGCGUGCAGGCCAGCGCCGUGGUUGGUGACUCGCGUACGGUCAAUGCCGCCUGCGGACGGUACAUUGCGUUCUUUCUGAAAUUCCUCCUGGAACGGCUGCGUCGUGGCGAGGUCGCCAACCUGGAUCACGACGAGGAAAUGAUGGCAUAUGUCUCCGGAGAUAUGCAAGGGACCAGCGACGGCAGCUGGGUGUGGCAGGGGAGCGAGACGGGAUCUCAGCCCGAGGCGCCGUCGCCCACGUUCGGCAGCCCCGUCAUAUUUGCGAACCGCGACGAGCGGCCCAACGGGGCGGAUGUCGGUAUAGUCUGGGAGGGCUGGGAUUGGGUUGAGCGGACAGUGCAGUAUCUGCUCGCCGAGCAGCAACAACAGCAGCAGCAGCAGCAACAACAACAACAACAACAACAACAGCAGCAACAGCAAGAACAGAAAGAGUACGAGCGGAGAGAGGUACCGCUUGCCGCGAGACCGGCCGAGUCGCCGUAUGUCAAGCCGGAGCCUGCGCCGGCAACACCCGACUCGGCAACACGCUCGAACCCAGUGCAUUCACGGAUGACGAUUGCGAGCAUUAUAUGA